AUGGGAAAGGGUAGCAAAGUGGUAGUCUGCGGAUCGGCGGCAGUUGGAAAAACUGCCAUCAUUGAACAGCUGCUGUAUGGAAACUAUGUAGUGGGUAAGGAAAUGUUUAUUUCCCAGUAGGCAAAUGCAUUUAAAGAUCCCCCUUUUAAUGUAAUGUACUCCUCUCCCUGGUCUGUCUGUUGGAGUCCCAUGAUAUUCUUGUGUGUUUUACAUUUAUCUCCUUGUCACCCUCUAGUACCGGAUGCUGUUACUUGGCUUGUUGAUAAGCUGUUCUUUCUUGUGCUUUUAUAGCUCUUACCUGCUUUCACGUUCGGUAUGUUGUAAAUUCGCACACACACAGGGUUAUUCACUGAGCUCCAGUAUUUUCACAAAUAAAAUCUGAAUGGAAAAAUAGCUGAUCUAGAGAAAUUAUCCAAUUCAGUCAUAGUCACAAAUUGGCUAUUUCCCUUUUUAUUUUAUUUUUUAUUCUUUGAGAUUCAACAUGUCUGGAAAGCACACACAAGGCAAGCUAAGAGUAAGUGCAGGAGUACUUUUUUUUUUGAAAAAAUGUAUUUAAUUUUUUUUUUAAUUUUUUUUUUUAAUAUAAUGGGUAAAUUGAACUCAAACCAAAAAAUUAAUAGCUAACGAGACUAGCCAUGUGGGCAUAAGAUCAGGUGUGGUGAUAGAUGGCAAUAGGCAACUAGUUGUGCUUGGAUCACCUCCCAACCGGGGUUUUAGAUGUUCUCCAGGGGUUUUACUGUCAGGUGUCCGGUGAUUUGGAAGGGGAGAGCAUCACAAAUAGGCAUAUUGCUAAGUAAGACUGUGAAACAGCCUGAGGCCAUAAUACUGUUGUUGACAAAUUGGUUAUUUUUGACUCAGUUUGUCCAUUCUGGUUUAACCCUAAAAGUUCAUUGCCCGCAUAUAUCGCACUCCUAUUGGUGAGGCACCACAAUAAAGUCACUCUAUCAGGAGAUGCACUUGGCUAAACCUUUAUCACCAACAUGUUAUGUUCCUUCUAACUUGGUGAAAGAUGGGACACAGAAGAUCACACAGGCCAUGGUAAUUCCGUAAUUUGUUGGGAAUUAUUAUUUUGAGGUUGUGAACACUGCACUUAAAGGAACACUAUAGCGUUGGGAAAAGAGAUAUCUAUUUUGACUGUACCCCGGCUGCAAGGGUUACAAAUUGCAGUUUAUUUACCUUUUUCUCCCUUGAAGCGCUGAUCUCUUUGGUGAAGCUCCUCCUCUAUAGCUGAGAUUAUCGGGAUUGAUGAUCUCAUCCAAUACUUUCCUAUGGAAGGAAACGCCAUGCUGCACCAAUCUUAUUCUCUCUGAGACCAUCUGAUAGAAAUAGUGGACUUUUAAUAGACUAUUUCACAGAAGUGCCUCUAGUGCUUGUGAGUUUGACAGCCACUAAAGGCAGGUUAUCCUUGCAAAAAAAAUAAUUUCCAUUCCUGCAGAAUGAGCAUGUUUUACAUUGCAGGGUUAAAACAGAUUAAAGAGGACACUAUAGGCACCUAGAUCACUGCCUCUAGUGGCUAUCAGACAGCUGCUGGAGGCACUUCCUGCUUGCUGGGUGACUUUUGGAAAUGCUUUCCUAUGGGGAUGGCUGACCCAGUGGCAAAGGUGAUCCACAGUGGAUUUGGGUAAGCACAGUAAGGGUUUAUUAACCCACCCUUACACUUCUGGAGGGGGCACUUGAGGGAAGUAUUGUGCUAGGAAUACAACUUUGUAUUCCUAGCACUAUAGUAUCCUAUAGUGUUCCUUUAACAAGAAAGGAAUGUGACAUAACCUUUGUAGAUUGAACUGCAAUUUCAUAGAUAUUUUAAGUAACAUUUCUGUUACAUUGUGACAGGGCACAUUGUAUCUUAUAAUUUCCAGUUAUUUUUGGUAACAUUUGACUAAUGGUGACUGUUUUGGAAUGUUAAUAAUUUAUGCUGAAUGAAUAAUGUAUAGUAUUUUUUAUAUAUUUUUUUUUUUUGCGAUGAUUGUACUUGUUCUAUUUUAGGGGUGAGAGACGUGUAAAAGCUGCAGCAUCUGGUUUUAUUCUAUUUUCUUUUUUAGAGACUAUUCCAGUGCAUCUUUUGGAAAUAUUGUGUGUUUUUUUUUUUUUUUUUCUCCAAACUGACUCUGCAUGCUUUUCCAAUAUACCCACACUACACACAAUUGUUGCUUUUCACCUCCAGUGCCUAUUGACUGCAUAUAAUACUAUGUACCUCUCGGUUUUACUUGUGUUAAGGUUUGGAAGGUAGCGAAACCUUGGAAGAUAUAUAUAUUGCCUCAGUGGAAACAGACCGUGGUGUAAGAGAACAACUAAGGCUUUAUGACACCCAGGGACUUCAGGAAGGCGCAGAGUUACCCAAACACUAUUUUUCCUUUGCUGAUGGCUUCAUUCUGGUCUAUAGUGUGGAUUGUAUGGCAUCAUUUCAAAGAGUUAAGACGCUGAAGAGGGAAGUGGAUAUGUUUAAAGACAAAAAAGAGGUACGCAACAUGGUACAUGUUCUAAUAUUCCAGCUCCAUGAUAACUUUUAUACAUUACAAAAAUUAAUGUGAAAUAAUGUUUAAUAAGAAUAGUAGAAACAGGGAAAAUCUCACACACAUAUCCCAAGGUAACCUCCAGAAUUCCACUUUGUCUAUUAUUGGCCACUUCAAAUAGUAAACUGACAGUAGAAGGUGAUACUUUGAUAUUUGAAUUGAAGAUGUGAUGUCAGGUGUAGCAUGCUCUACCCAUUGAUUGGCUGGCUUAAAUGGAUCAGAUAUUUCCUGGUUGCUGCAGAGGAGUGGACAUAAAACGUCAAUGCCAAUUUAUUUAGUGUUCCAGAUAAAUGCGCAGUGGCUGUACUACAUCGAUUUCCUGCCAAUUUGUUAAAACAUUACUAAAGGGCCAGACUUCUCACCUGUGAUAAAUGAAUCAAAUUCCUGUUAAUCUGUGCCUUGUAGGUCCCAGACAGAUCAAUUUGUCUGGGCGUAGAAUAACAGUGUGUUUUUCUGUUAAGGCACAGAAGCCCAGAUUUUAGAGCCAUUUACAAAAUGUUACCACCAAAUGUCAGUGCAAGUAACUUGCCAACACAAGUGCACUUGUUUUAUUUUAGCACUUUAAACAAUACUUCACUAUUUUAUUUUUAUUUUGUUUUACCUGUACAUAAGAUAAGACUGUGAAAUAUAGGGGUAAGUGUGUGUGGCUUUUUAAAAAGGUGUGUGUGUGUGUGUGUAUGUAUAUAUAUAUAUAUAUAUGUGUGUGUGUGUGUGUGUGUGUAUGUAUGUAUGUAUGUGUAUAUAUAUAUAUAUAUUAUUAUUAUUAUUAUUAUUAUUAUUAUUAUUAUUAUUAUUAUUAUUUUUUUAUUUUUAUUUUUUUUAUUUUUUUAAAGCAUUUUUAGCGCUUCACUCACACUAUUGUUCUCCAUGGUUUAUCAUCUAAACCAGUGGUUCUCAACCCAGUCCUCGAAUACCCCCUAACAGUCCAGGAUUUAACCCCCUUAAGGACAGAACUUCUGUAAUAAAAGGGAAUCAUGAUGGAAUAUUUCCGCCAUGUGUCCUUAAGAGGUUAAGGAUUACCCAGUUGUGUCGAAGGUGUUUUUAGAAAAAGGAAAAUAAAUACACUUUAGACACAACAGGAUAAUCCCUAAAUCCUGGCCUGGUAGGUAGGGGGUACUUGAGGACUGGUUUAGUAACCCCUGAUCUAAACUAUUCAAGUUGUCUUUGCUGUAGCUUAACAGUAAUUUCAUGUAUACCAGGUGACGUGGAUUUGUGAACAAGUCUACUAGGGACCAAAAGAAGAUGAAUGUGAAUAAAAUGUGCUUAUUAGGUUAGAAAUUGAUGGGUGUAAAACAAAUUAUUCUCCAUUGAUCAUUAAACUUUGUUAAAAAUUUAUUUCUUUUUUUACUUGUCUGGAAAAACACGAGUUGUCAAGCAAAGUAGUGAGACCUCUAGUGGACAUAAGCUAUCACAGGACCAUAUGCUGAAAAGCCUUGGAGAAACUAAACUCUAGAAUCAAAUUUAACUACCAUAUCCUAUUACAGUUCCUCAUUUACUGCAGUUUGAACUCUGCCAGGUUGACCGACAGUAACAGACCGUAUACAGUGAAGUAGAUGUAUGCUUUUGUGCACAAGUUUAGUAUUCUUUGCAUAUUUAUUCAAACUUGAACAGCUUCAGUUUUAUAUUGUAUACCUGACUUCCCUGGCAGAUUCUACAUGCAUGCAUCUCUAUGGCAUUAAUCUGCAGGUGCCAGUGUGCACAUAACCCUACUUCACUACACAUGCCAGUAUCCCCUUCAACAGAAACUACUGGUGCGAGAGAAGGAGGAGCUGUCUCUGCCAGACAAGUGAGACCUGAUUUAAAGCAGGAGAUUGUAUGAAUAUGGUCGCAAAGACUAGAGUUGGCAUAAUUUAGUCCUUAUUCCUGUAAACAAUGGUGUAUUUAGUAUCUUGAAAACAUGUGUGGGUGCUACUAAGGCACCUUUUUCAAAGAGAAUAAAAAGCUUGGUGUUAUUAGAUGCCAGGUAGGAGAGUUUGCAUCGGCCCAAUGCCUGUUUUAUUAUUAUUAUUAUUAUUUUUUUAUUUUUUAAGACAAUGAUAAUAGUUUUAGGAAACAAGACGGAUCUUGCUGACCAAAGAAAAGUGGACCCAGAAAUGACUCAUCAGUGGGCGAAGAGUGAGCGAGUGAAGCUUUGGGACGUGUCUGUGACAGACCGAAGUACUCUGAUUGAACCAUUUACAUAUCUAGCAAACAAACUGAAUCAAAUCCAGACCAAAUCCUCCUUCCCUUUGCCGGGGAGGAAAAGCAAAGGCGCUGCUUCCGACACCUAA